AUGGAGUUGAGUAUAGCUAGCCACGGAGGAAAGCAUGAGUCUGUCAUGGAACAUAGAAAGGAGAAAAUCUUUGGACAAAAGACAAAUAAGCCUGUCAAGAAGCCUGCCAAAGAAGCAAUGACAAUCAACACUGUCCCUGUCAAAAUCUCCACUCGAGAUAAGAAGAAGGAAGUCAAAAGGAUGGAGCUAUCCCGAGAGGUGGAUAGAUGUCAACGCACUUUGAAAGAGGUGGAGGAAAAAAAAUGUAAGCGGCCUAAGGAGAUAAACCGGUUUAACGACCCCAAGUUUUGCAAAUACCACCGAAUUGUCAACCAUCUAGUAGAGAAGUGCUUCUUGUUGAAGGAGCUAAUUAUGAACUUAGCUAGGCAAGGAAGGAUUGAGUUGGACGUUGACGAAAUCGCAGAUGUGAACGUUGCCACAAUUGUGUUUGGAUCCUUUGAUCCGGUGCCGCUGCCCGCAUUGUCUUAA